AUGCCCUGGGUCGUGGAGACGCGGCGGGAGCUCCACCGCAUGCCCGAGCUGCUCUUCGACGAGCACAUGACGAGCGGCAAGAUCGCGAGCGUGCUCGCGAGCCUCGGCGUCAACUUCACGACGGGCUGGGCCGUGAACACGAAGCGCGAGGAGCUCGCGGCCAAGGGCUUCGCGUCCGGCGCGGGCGGCACGGGCAUCGUCGCGGAGAUCGGCUCCGGCGGCGAGCCCUGCGUGCUCCUGCGGUCCGACAUCGACGCGCUGCCGAUCCACGAGACGGCGCCCGUGCCCUGGAGGAGCGAGAUCGACGGCCGCAUGCACGCGUGCGGCCACGACGGCCACGCGGCCAUGCUGCUGGGCGCCGCGGCCGUGCUCAAGCGCCGCGAGGCGGACAUCGUCGGCACCGUGCGCCUCGUCUUCCAGCCCGCGGAGGAGGGCGGCGCGGGCGGCAAGCGCAUGGUCGAGGAGGGCGCCUUAAAGCAGUUCCCGCCGGUGCGGGCGGCCUUCGGCUUCCACCAGUGGCCCUUCCUGCCCCUGGGCGUCAUCGGCGGGCGGCCGGGGCCCAUGCUCGCGGCGACGGAGCUCUUCGACGUCCUCGUCUCCGGCGUCGGCGGCCACGCGGCCAUGCGCGUCGGCCCGCUCGGCCGCCCCCCACGCCGCAGGCCGCACCGCGUCGUCGACCCCAUCGUCGCCGCGGCGCACGUCGUCACGGCGCUCCAGUCCAUCGCGAGCCGCGAGACGGACCCGCUGUCGUCGGCCGUCGUGUCCGUCACCAUGUUCCACGCCGGCGACGCGUACAACGUCAUCCCCGCGGGCGCGCGCGUCGGCGGCACGAUCCGGUCGCUCUCCUUCGACGGGCUCCGGCGCGUCAAGGACCGCGUCGACGCCGUGGUCCUCGCGACGGCGGCGGCGCACCGCUGCAACGCGUCCGUGUCCUGGUCCCCCGACGCGUACCCGGCGACGGUCAACGACCCGGAGCUGUGGGAGUGGUCCGCGAGGGUCGCCGCGGCCGCGUCCGUCGAGGGCGAGGUGCGGACCAUCGACCCGACGAUGGGCGGCGAGGACUUCUCCUUCAUCGCCGACGAGGUCCCGUCGACGUUCCUCGCGCUCGGCCAGGGCGCGACGGACUUCGAGACGACGGACGACGACGGCGCGCCCGUCGGGCCCUUCGACACGACCGUGACCGUCCACAACGGCAGGUUCGUCCUCCACGAGGACCUGCUGCGCCGCGGCGUCGCGCUCCACGCGCACCUCGCGCUCAACUACCUCGCGGACCAGAAGUAA